AAAUGAACAAAGAAAGAAGGGAAUUAAUUAAAAUCCGGCGGGUCCUAUAUAAGGGGACGGGGAUCCAAGUCCGGGGCCGGUGUAAGAAGCGAGCCGUGGGGGAACGCCCAGAAGAAAUCCAAAGUCGCUCCUUUUCUAUCUCCCCCCGGUCCUCGCUGCUUGGGGGUGGUAGAAAUAAAGGAGGAGAAGACAUCGGAUCUCGCCGGAAUUCGCGUCCUUCGGCCGGGAUCUGACCGGUGUCUGCGUGCUUGAAGGGAUUGUUCCGAGGCUGGGUGGACAACCAUCUGCGAGUUUCGAUAGUCUUUUGGAUUACUUCGUGAGCAAGGUGGCUUUCACUCUUCAUUUGGGAAAAGGGAAACAUUCCACCAUGAAGGCACUAAUUCUUGUUGGAGGGUUUGGUACCCGUCUGCGGCCUUUGACACUCAGUGUCCCAAAGCCACUUGUUGAUUUUGCCAACAAACCAAUGAUCCUGCAUCAGAUUGAAGCUUUGAAAGAUGUUGGAGUGACAGAAGUUGUUCUGGCCAUCAAUUAUCAACCAGAGGUGAUGCUUAACUUUUUGAAGGAUUUUGAGAAUAGGCUUGGCAUCAAAAUCACAUGUUCCCAAGAGACUGAGCCACUUGGAACAGCUGGACCCCUGGCUCUAGCUAGGGACAAGCUUGUGGAUGGAUCUGGGGAGCCUUUCUUUGUUCUCAACAGUGAUGUCAUCAGUGAAUACCCAUUUGCUGAACUGAUCAAGUUCCACAAAGCCCAUGGUGGGGAGGCUACAAUUAUGGUUACCAAGGUAGACGAGCCCUCCAAGUAUGGUGUUGUGGUAAUGGAGGAUGAAACUGGAAGGGUUGAUAGAUUUGUAGAGAAGCCAAAAAUAUUUGUCGGCAACAAGAUCAAUGCGGGGAUUUACUUGUUGAACCCAUCUGUCUUAGACCGCAUCCAACUGAGGCCCACCUCAAUUGAGAAAGAGGUUUUCCCCAGAAUUGCAGCAGACCAAAAACUUUAUGCCAUGGUCCUACCAGGUUUUUGGAUGGACGUCGGACAGCCAAGGGACUACAUCACAGGCCUGAGGCUCUAUCUAGAUUCUCUGCGUAAGAAAUCUCCAUAUAAGCUAUCUGUUGGUCCCCAUAUUGUGGGAAAUGUGCUGGUGCAUGAGAGUGCCGUUAUUGGAGAGGGAUGCCUGAUUGGGCCAGAUGUGGCAAUAGGACCAGGGUGUGUGGUGGAGUCUGGAGUAAGGCUGUCAAGGUGCACUGUGAUGCGAGGAGUACGCAUUAAGAAGCAUGCAUGCAUCUCCAGCAGCAUCAUUGGGUGGCAUUCCACAGUUGGGCAGUGGUCUCGGAUUGAGAACAUGACAAUCCUUGGAGAGGAUGUGCAUGUGGGUGACGAAGUGUACAGCAAUGGUGGUGUUGUUCUUCCUCACAAAGAGAUCAAAUCUAGCAUCCUGAAGCCUGAGAUUGUCAUGUGACAGAUGAAUAUCCAAUGCUGCUGAGUAUGUGAUUGGAGUUAUAUGGUCCUAUGGAUUUUGUCAUGUGCCUGUUCUUCUCUGCAAGUGUCAUCAGUAUGCAUCAGUCAGUCUAUUAGUAUACAUGUUUGAUUUAAAGCUGGGUUGUCAAAGUUUGUAGCAAGGUCUUUAGUUGAGUCUGUAGAUAGAAGCAUGCUAUGUGAACACUAAAGUUUUAGUGUUUUAUUUGGUUAUCAAUUCUAUUGAAAUGUCCCGCUUCAUUUGUUGUUCUUUUUCCUUUCUGCAAGAAUAAUAACAUGGAAAAGGUUGGGUA